CAGUUCGCCAGAGGAACAGCACCUCCCACAUACACACACACACGCAGGAAGAACCGAGCUCGGCAGGGAAAGGGUUAAGGAGUUCAUCCCGAUCGAUGCUUCUCUCCCACACGUAGCCAUGAACAAAUGAAUUCGCGGGGAAUUAAAUAUCAAUUUCAUAAAGGAGAAAAAGUCUUGUGCUUUGAACCGGAUCCCACCAAGGCUAAAGUGUUGUAUGACGCCAAGGUCAUUGAUGUAUUGAUUGGUUCUGAUGAUCAUGGAAGGAGGAUCCCAAAGUACCUGAUUCAUUUCAACGGUUGGAACAGAAGCUGGGACCGGUGGGCAGCGGAGGAUCAUGUCCUAAGAGAUACUGAAGAAACUCGAAAACUGCAGCGGAGGCUGGCCAGAAAAGCUCGCAUGAAGAGAAAGGGAUGGACAAAGCGGCGUCGUCGUCAGCCUGGAACUAAGAGCUCUGUGAAGGAUCUACCAAAGGAGGACGACAGCGAUGAUGCUUGUUUGAUAUCCUCUUCGGGAAGCAGCGAGGGUGACGAUUCAGAUCAGGACUCGUCCAAUAGCGGGGACAGCGGCUUGUCAGAAAAUAUAAACAAAAUGGUGAAUGACGAGGUCCAAAGCGUUGAUCCAGACAUGAAUGUGAAAAUGGAGUGCGAAGAUAAAAUGGUUCAUAUUGACAUCAACAUCCCUGACGUUCUCAAGAAAGCUCUGGAGGACGACUGCUUUUACAUCAACAAGAGGAAGAAGCUCGUGAUGGUUCCGUGUCACACGAAUGUUGUUCAUAUCCUGGAGUCUUAUGUGAAGCACUUUGCUAUCAACAAGGCUUUCAUGGUCAACGAGCGGCACCGGCGUCAGCAGGGCACCACACAGAAUAGCAGCCCGCAACCAAUUCCUCCAGAGAAGAGUGAGGACUUGUGUAAGGAAAUGGUGGAUGGAUUGAGGAUCACCUUUGACUUCACCUUACCCAUGAUCCUCCUCUAUCCAUGUGAGCAAGCUCAGUUUAAAAAGGUCAGCUCCUCCAGAAUGUUCAUGUCUAUCAACGAGGGUUCCCCAUGUUCCAGCAACGCCCAGAGGGAGCGCAGCCCGAGUCCACCGGGUCACAACCCGCCAACACCUCAAUCUACAGACAGCCAGCCAGCUCUGAGUGACAUCUCUGCCAUCACGCCCCCUGCCCCUGCUGCUCCUACCCCGAAGAGACGUCGCCACCCUGACAUGGACUGCAUCUCGUUGACCUACCAGAACCAGCAGUCGCAGUCUCUCAGACGCUCGACCAGAAACACAUCGGGAGGUGACCGGCCUGUUGAGGGAAGCAGUGCAGGUGGCGGUAGUGCUGCGGCAUCCCCACAGCUCAAACGGCGGGCUGUUGAUACUACUGCGCAUCCCAAGUUUCUCCUCAACCUCGACAGAAAAACCCCUGGACACAGCGGCUCAUCUUCACCGUUACCUUGGACACCGAGGAAAGAGCGAAGCGGAGCUCUCUUUGGCCUUGGUAGUCGGAGAAACAAUGAGCUGAACGAGGUUCUGAGCUGGAAAUUGACCCCUGACAACUACCCUUUGAAUGACCAGCCUCCUCCACCAUCGUAUCUGUAUGGAUCACAACAUCUCCUGCGACUUUUUGUGAAACUUCCAGAGAUAUUGGGAAAGAUGCAGAUUCCUGAAAGAAAUCUUCGAGCUCUGGUCAAACAUUUGGAGCUUUUUCUGAGGUUCUUGGCUGAGUUCCACGAGGACUUCUUCCCUGAGACGGCGUACGUGUCCUCAUCAGAGGCGCAUUACAACAUGAAGCAGCCGAGGUCCAUUUACUGAUGGAGCUAUUUGGUUUUCUCUUCGCCUGGUCUUUGCCAGUGAUCGGACUCGUCGCCAGAAUUCUUGGACCAUUUCUUACUCAGCCCAAGUGGAACGUUCUAACAUGCUACUAACCCACGAAUGAUCUGGUUCUGCCUCGCUCUCACUCUCCUGCCAAGCAGCGUUUCUUCCAAGCCGCUGUACUGUCUGCAACUAACAUUGGAUUGAUGAAGGAGGUCCAGUGUCACACUUUGCCCAAAGUAGCGGAUCGAUGCUGGACACACCCUCCUCCCUUCUCACAGUUUGGGGCAAAGAACUGUCUUGUCUCUUUCUUGUAAACUGUAUUAACCACAAAGGGACAUCAGUUAACUGACAUCCAAUGACUCAUUCAUCCUCCUGUAAUAUUCCUAACUCUCGCCACAAGUUUCAUUCUCAACAUGAACUCAUCUCCUCCAUCUUGUCUUGGCCUUUCGCUCGCAUGGUCUCCCUCCAACCCACUUUCCAACUCUUUCCAAGUCAAAGUUGUGAGUAUAAAUUGUGACGUUUUUCAACUUAAAAAUGUGCCCAUUUUUAACAUGUUGGAAGUGGGAGCUCAGUGUGCUUGUUUGUAUUCACACUACUUGAAAAAAAGGUUUGUCUUCGGAGCUGACAAACACUGGUAAAUGGUCGUCACUGUUGGCUGCUUGUAACUUCCUCAUUACGUUUGUGUACCUCAGCCUUGAAACUGUUUACGGUUCAUGACAAGAUUUUAUAUUUGCAUAUGUCACCAGAUGGUUGGUGAAAUGACAUAUCUGGGCAGUAAGGUGUUCAAAAGAGGGCAUCAGUUCACCUGUGUUUUCAUGUUCUGAGACGGCGAGUUAAAGCAGUUGGACAUGGUGUCGUUUACAGUUGGAAAAUGUGAAUGGAGUUCAUAUUUUGGAAAUAAAAUGAUGAUUAGUAAA